AGUGGUGUGGGAGGAAGGCUGGCAGUGUUGAUACUGGGAGUCAAGGAUGUGUUGCUCCUUACUGGCAGUUAAAAGAUAACCACGAAUAGUUAUGGACAUAAACACAGGGUGAUAACCACUAGAAGGGACAAUGCUAACUCGUCGUAAUGGAGAUUCUUGCAAUGAUUCAUUGCUACGUGAGAAACACGGCAUAAAAGGUUAAUUAACUGUAAAAUAAAUGUUGAAAAUAAACGACUGAUGCAGAGGGUAAUGCAGGUGGUGCAGUUGCCGUCAGGUGGUGCAGUAGCUGCCAGGUGGCGCAGUAGCUGCCAGGUGGCGCAGUAGCUACCAGGUGGUGCAGUAGCUGCCAGGUGGUGCAGUAGCUGCCAGGUGGUGCAGUAGCUGCCAGGUGGUGAAGUAGCUGCCAGGUGGUGCAGUAGCCACCAAGUGAUGCAGUAGCCACCAGGUGGUGAAGUAGCUGCCAGGUGGUGCAGUAGCUACCAGGUGGUGCAGUAGCUGCCAGGUGGUGCAGUAGCCACCAAGUGAUGCAAUAGCCACCAGGUGGUGAAGUAGCUGCCAGGUGGUGCAGUAGCUACCAGGUGGUCAGUAACCACCAGGUGUUGCAGUAGCUGCCAGGUGGUGCAGUAGCUGUCAGGUGGUACAGUAGCCACCAGGUAGUGCAGCAGCUGCCAGGUGGUGCAGUAACCAGGUGGUGCAGUAGCUGCCAGGUGAUGCAGUAGCCACCAGGCGGUGCAGUAGCUGCCAGGUGGUGCAGUAGCUGCCAAGUGGUGCAGUAGCCACCAGGUGGUGCAGCAGCCACCAGGUGGUGCAGUAGCCACCAGGUGGUGCAGUAGCCACCAGGUGGUGCAGUAGCCACCAGAUGGUACAGUAUCCACCAGGUGGUGCAGUAGCCAUCAGGUGGUGCAGUACCUGCCAGGUGGUGCAGUAGCUGCCAGGUGGUGCAGAAGCUGCCGGGUGUUGCGGUAGCCACUAUGUACAGGAAGCUGCGCCUGCUGGUUGUACCGUCAUCAAUCUUGGUUUGUGUGUUCCUCCUGGUUAUUAACCUCGCACUGCUUCCCACAACACCACCUCGACCCAGGCAACCAAGAGAGGAGGAUGAGAAGGAGGUUGAAGCCCACAAGAUGGUCGGACGGAAGAAUCGAAUUCUCUGUUGGAUACCCACCAGUGCUGAGAAUCACUAUAAGAGAGCACGACAUGUGAAGAACACCUGGGCCAGGCACUGUCAUCUUCAUAUCUUCUUCAGUAACAUUAAAGACACGGAAUUGGAUUCUGUGAAGCUGGAAGUGUCUGAUGGGUAUGAGAACCUCUGGGGAAAGACCAAGGCUGCUCUCGUCUAUCUCCACAAACACCAUCUCCACCACGCUGACUGGUUCCUGAAAGCUGAUGAUGACACGUUCGUGAUUGUGGAGAACCUACAAAAUAUGCUCAAGUUGUAUGAUCCAAAUUUUCCUAUUUUCUUCGGCAACAAGUUGAAGAAGCCAAAUAUUUCUCAGGGUUUCAUGAGCGGAGAGAAGAAAGGCGAGUUAACAGCGACGAGGAAGGUGGUAAUUCUUAGACAACAGGUUAUCACAGGCAAGAAUGAGAGCACGAUGAAAAGUGGUCAAGUCAGGAAAAUUUCGAGAGUGGUCAAUGCCAUCAUGAAGGGUGUAAGUGCAGUGGUAAUGGAAAGACCAAACCAAAAAGUUGAAACUGAUGUUUGGAGAGUGUGGCAGAAGAUAGAUUAG